CACUUCUUUGCUCAAGAAAAAAAUACAUACUGGUCUGCGGCUCUGGCGAUACACUGAGCGUGAGAAAGCUGGGAUAUGGCGUUCAGCAUUCAUUCCCAUUCUGGGCAAUUCUGCCCAGGCCAUGCCAAGGAUCAACUUGAGGAUAUCAUUCGCCAUGCCAUUAGCAUUGGCUUCAAAACGAUUGGCCUCACCGAACACAUGCCCCGGCUGGCGGUUACAGAUUUGUACCCAGAAGAGCUCGAACCGGAUCCAGAGACCUCUCUGGCAGAGCUUGCACCUCGGCACGAGGCCUAUCUUGAGGAGGCUCAGCGCUUGCGGGGUAAAUAUGCGUCUCAGAUCCAAAUCCUGAUCGGAUUUGAGGGCGAGUGGUGUCGCCCCGCCUAUGGUCCUUUUAUUCGGUCUUUAGCUGCCCACCCAGCGGUCGACUACUUCAUCGGAAGCAUCCAUCACGUGAAUGGAAUCGCCAUUGAUUACGAUAAGGCCCUGUACGCGAGCGCUCUUGAGUCGGCGCGUGGCUCCGAGGAGACACUGUAUGAGCAGUAUUAUGAUCAGCAGUACGAGAUGCUGACCACCCUGCAACCACCGGUCGUGGGACACAUUGACCUCAUCCGGCUUAUGAGUGAAGAGCCAGGACGUGAUGUCAGAACGUGGCCAAGAGUCUGGGAACGUAUUACGCGGAAUCUGAAGUUUAUCAAGCAGUACAAUGGGUUGCUCGAGUGUAAUAGCAGUGCGCUGCGGAAGGGUCUCGCCGAACCCUACCCGUGUCGAGUCAUCGCCGAGGAAUGGCUGAGGAUCGGAGGGCGUUUCACUUUCUCGGAUGAUAGCCACGGGAUUUGUCAGGUCGCAACUAACUAUACUCGAAAUUUGGACUACCUCGAGGGAUUAGGUGUACGUUGCGUCUAUACAAUGGAGCGGCCUCCUCCUACAAUCCUCGAACAUGGUGCGUCUACUAAGCUAAAGGAACGAGCUGUGCCUCUGAGUUCUUUUCGGGCGACGUUCCCGAAGGCGAGGUAAUGUCACAUUGAACGAGCUUAGCAG